AUGUCUACACAAACUCUCGGUUUGCUUGCGGCCUUGGAUGCUAUUCACGAUUCCCAAGGCGUACAGUCCUAUGGUCGGCAUGGGGAUAUUAAGCCCGAGAACAUACUUUGGUUUGAAUUGGAUAAUGAACCUCAUGGCUUACUUGUUCUGGCAGAUUUUGGGCUUGCCAAAUUUCACCGGGAGCGUAGCAGGUCUUUCACAAAAAACACUAACGUGGGUUACACAUACACCUAUGCGCCUCCAGAGAUUGAUAUCGAGGGUGAAUUUAUGUCACGAUCUUCCGAUAUAUGGUCUUUCGGUUGUGUUUUACUUGAGAUGGUCUGCUGGCUCUUAGGGGGCUGGGAGCUUUCUGAGGCAUUCGCAGAUGCUCGACUGACAGAGGACACUUCGGGUAUCAUGAAGACUGAUAGCUUCUUUACAAUUGUCAAACUAGAGGACGAUGAGUUGCGUCGAUUUACAGUCAAGCCACAAGUAUUAAGUUUCAUUCGAAGACUUGACCAUCACGAGUCAUGCACAAACUACGUUCAUGAUAUUCUGGACAUCGUCGAGAAAUACAUGAUCGUUGUACGAACAGAAGAUGCGAAAAGAGCCUCCACCAGUGAGCUGCUCGAGAAAUUUAAAGGUGUCGACCAGAGAGUCCAGGAUGAUAAUCAUAGGGACUACAUCGCGAAGCCCACACCUGGCCCCCGCAAAACACCACCAAAAGCGCUCAUCGCAGUCGAGGCACAUGUAGUUGAAAGAAAAUAUACAUAUUCGCGCCAGAGUCGAUUAAGGCUUACGCAAAAGUUCACAGAGCGUAGCCACCAGAGUCAACGCCAAUCUAUACGAGUCCGACAGAUUGACGACGCUGGCCUGGUCAUCAGAAAACCACAUUCAAUGACGGUUGAUGAGACUCUUUCUGGAAAGAAGGAAUUCUCAUCCGAAAAGCUCUUAAAUGCUGACAAGAAGAGUGGCUUGGCGGCUGCACAGAUGAUUGAAGCGAAGGUAUUUGAAGCCUUGGAGAGUUUCGAUGACACAGACACCUGCCUGGCCAAGUUUCUUGUUCGCUGGCAGGUUCCAUUUCUUUGCUGGAUCGUAGCGACCUUCCGACUGCCCGAGCCGAAGAAGACAACCAGUUCUUCGGUUAGCUUCCUACAUGCACCAAGUGUCGGAGAUGAGGUCCACGUGUUUCAUAUUUCACUGGAAGAAUUGAAACCUCUAGAGCAUGGCACACCGGGCACUUGUUGGACCCCUCUGUUCCCUUCGACGGUCAUGGCUGAGGGCUUUGAGGUUCCAGUUCACCCAGGUGUCUUCGGCUUGCAGAUGCCCUUUGAUGCCAUGCUUGAGCUGGCUGAGAUAAUUUGCGAUGUCAGCCUGGAGGACGACAAGGGCAAUGCAACUGGUAUCUACCUCGAUGGUAUCUCCUUUUUCCUCUACCCAACUUCUUAUAAGGCGCUCCCCGACCGACAGCCUGUUAUCCAAUGGCAUUUGAAAGAGAAGACCUUAGAUGACGAGGGAGAUCGAGACCCAGCAAUCCCUCCCGAUAGAAACGGUGGUCCAUUGUGGACCAAAAUUCCGGUCUACGACACUCUGAGAACAUCAAUCACAGUUUUGGGGUACUGUGAAAAGGCCAUGGUGCAGUUGGGUACCGAGGCCCGCCGCCAAUAUCACAAUGAACCACAAUACUCACAUGCAGAGGUCGAAAAGCCCAACAUAGAGGCAUCGCUGAACUCGCUUACUCUGGGCUCUAGUGCAGGGGGUGCUAAAGCAGAGGGUUCGAUAGGGUUCAGGCUAAGAACCGGCCAUAAGCGUGAGCUUGAUGACCAGAAGGAUCUGACCUACAAGCAAGUCCUGCGGAUCUCGCAGAACAUGCCAGUCAUUAUCUAUGACACCCAAAGUCAGAACGAACGCGCCUGGAUGGUCUCUCAACUAUCGAUGAUCCUUGAGUUGUUCAAUAUAUGGGCACAGCGAGAAGGUCUGCGAGGCAUUCAGUACGCCACUGCGAGUGCAGACGGAGGCGCCGCUGCAUUCAACGUCCUCGCCAAUAGGAGUUAUUCAGAGCGCAUUGCUAUCGAGAAGAUGGCCGAUGAGGAUCCCUCAGAUAUUAAAAUCUCGGGUAUUAUCAAGAGGUUAUAUGGCCGAAUUCAAAAGACGAGGAGUAUCAAUGCGAGCAGUGACGAGGGCGCCCGUGGCACCUUGUCGCUGGGUCGCUGCAGUAUCAAGGGGUGGGACUGGCUUGAACUCGUAGAUGGGCUUGAGAGGGCUGUGAGCCAACGGAGACAAGUCCUUGCUUCCCGGAUGUUCAGCUCUCCGCCCUGUUGGUUACCAUUCACAGAUUCGAUCCCCGUCUUCUUCGCACAGGAGAUUGGCGACUUGAUAGUCCCGGAGCAACCAGACCAGAGACUGGAAAAGAGUAAAGCAAGAAAAAAAGGUCCGAUACAGACAUUGCCUCAAGGGAUGAAUGAUGCUGUUGUCAUAUUUGGGACCAGCCGCAAGAAGCAACUCUCUUGA